GUUCGGCCCUCACCCUCGCGCCGCCCGGGACCGGACCGGACCGGACCGGACCGGACCGGACCGGAUCGGACCGGCCGCCAGCGGCGAUGGCGUCGUACACGUGCAUCACCUGCCGCGUGUGGUUUGAGGAGGCGGCCCCCCAGCGCGCCCACUACAAGACGGACUGGCACCGCUACAACCUGAAGCGGAAGGUGGCCGCCCUGCCGCCCGUCACGGCCGACGGCUUCCCGGAGCGGGUGCGGCGGGCGCAGCGGGCGGCCGGGGCCGGGGGGCCCGACGACGGGGCCGGGGGGGCCGACGACGGGCCCGGCCCCGGCGGCCCCGGCGGCCCCGGCGGCCCCGGCGGCCCCACCUACUGCGCCGUGUGCGCCAAGAAGUUCGGCUCGCUGAAGGCCUACGAGAACCACGUGCGGGCCCGGCGGCACCGGGGCCUGCAGGAGGAGGCCGUCCGGGCCGCCCGCACCGCCGUGGCCGGGCGCAACCGGAAGAACCUGGAGAAGGGGCUGCCCGCCGGGGGCCCCCCGGACCACGACGCCGUCAACGAGGCCAUCAGGGACGCCGUCAGGCCCAGGCCCUCCCCGCCCAAACCCCGCCACCGGGAGGGGGACCGGCACGGGGAGGAGGGGGCGUCGGGCCCGCCCGCCCGCCGCGGCCCGCCCCCCCGGCUCCGCUGGUUCCAGCGGCAGCGGGACCGCCGCGAAGAACAGCCGGACGACGGGGAGGACGACGGCUGGGAAGACGUGGAUUCGGAUGAAGAGGUCGACUCCGAAGAUCUCGAAGAGAUGGAUGUUCUCGAAGAGCAAGAUGGGGGAGCUGGAGGUGGGGAAAGCGCACCUGCUGGCGCCAUCGCUGUCACCGACUGCUUGUUCUGCUCCCAUCACUCCAGCUCCCUCAUGAAAAACGUGGCUCACAUGACCAAAGUCCACAGCUUCUUUAUCCCCGACGUCGAAUUCCUUUCGGAUCUUAGAGGGCUAAUUAAAUAUCUAGGGGAAAAAGUUGGUGUGGGGAAGAUCUGCUUGUGGUGCAACGAGAAAGGAAAAUCCUUCUACUCCACGGAAGCAGUGCAAGCCCACAUGAAUGACAAGAGCCACUGUAAACUCUUCACCGAGGGAGAUGCCGCGCUGGAAUUUGCAGACUUUUAUGAUUUUAGGAGUAGUUACCCAGAUUACAAGGAAGGGGAGGAUGCAGAGAUGUCCGAGGAACUGCCUGCGAAAAAGAACUUGGAGUACGAUGACGAUAGUAUGGAGCUGAUUCUCCCUUCAGGUGCCAGAAUCGGUCAUCGCUCCUUGAUGAGGUACUACAAGCAGAGGUUCGGCGCUUCGAGAGCAGUGGCCGUGGCCCAGAACCAGAACGCGGUGGGCAGGGUGCUUCGCCACUACCGGGCCCUGGGCUGGACCGGCAGCACCGGGGCCACUCUUGCACGGGAGCGCGACAUGCAGUACGUCCAGCGGAUGAAGUCCAAGUGGAUGCUGAAGACCGGAAUGAGCAACAACGCCACCAAGCAGAUGCAUUUUAAGGCCCAAGUGAGAUUCUGAGUCCGGGGGGUCAGUGCCGCUAGCCCGCACGGGAACCUCGCCGUUCAUCAGAUGGCAUGGGUACUGCUCCAACACCUUUCCUCCGCCCCCCAACCCUCUGCCCCCCUUCCCCCUCCGACCUUCCAGAACGCACCUAGGCCUCGAAGCCAUCUCGGCUCUAGUCAUCAUUCCCCGGCAGGUCGUCGGGGAGGUGGGUCGCCCGGCUGCUGCCCUUCGUGAAUAGUCGUACUUGAGCCGAGUGCCCCGUCGAAGGGAAACCACGGUGAUGAGAAACGCAGCUGCCCGCUGGAGUCCGAGACCAUGUUUAACUUGGGAAGCGCCGGGCCUGCUGGCGGGCGGGCAGGGGAGCGGGUUAAGGCAAAAGGGUGGUUGAGUUGGAGGAAGCCUUGGGAAGGUUGUUUUCUGGGCUGUAGAGACAAAAUUAGGGGGUUGGUCAAGAUUCCAGGUACCUUCUCUUGUCCGCCACUUUCUGACAAAGUGGUAGGAAAUGUCUCUAAUAGUGAGACUUUUAAUGCAAUAGUUUAGCAAGGGCAAAACCUAUUUCUGGAAUCAGAAAUGGCAUGAGGUCUAGUGACCAGCCUGAAAUUCCAAUUUGCAUUCUGUAGCUCGGCAAGUCUCAGUGUUAGUGACCUGAUGCUGAUGCUUCCCCCUCCCUUCCCCCCCCCCCUUUUUUUUUUCAAGUUUGCAUUUGAUUAACCGUUUCUCGUGGAGCUCCAAGUUCUCUAGGGGUGCGACCCGAGACACAGAUUGAUGAGUCAGCUGCGCCCUGAUAGCUUGCUUGGAUCCUAAUCUUGGCAUUGCAGCUGGCUUAGAUUUCAGCCAUCUGUCACUUGGAUCCCGCAGAGCCCCUGAAAUACCAUCCGGUCCCUCGGUAGCGUGAAGUAGGGCCACAGCCUUUAUAGAGCAGCGUCUCUGAAAGAAAGGGUCUGCCACGAAUUGGCCGCUGCCCACGUGCAAGUUGACAGGCCCAUCCCUGAGAGUAAUGUCUCUUGGCUGGCCCUGGCCUUUACUCUCCCUCCCUCCCCUGUACAGCGUUUGCCGCCUGCCCUGUCCAUCCCCAGUCCUGUCCCUCCGAGGGUCACUGACUUCCAGGCAUCCUCACCCAUCUGGAAAUCGCACUGGGGGAUGAAGGAUUUGCAAAGUGCAGGUCACCCCCUCUUCAACCCUCCCUGCCUUAGUGUGCCUGUUCAGGAAGUGGGUAUGGUAAUGUCACCACACCUGGAGGUAGGAGUCUUACUGUUUCUGAAGCAAAUUGUAUGUAUGGGUGGAAGAUUGCUUUCAUGUUUAUAUCCUGGGGAGCGAGAGAGAGAGAGUUCAUUUUACACCGUAAACAGAAAAGUAGAUCAUGCUGCUGUGCAGUUGGAGAUGAAAUGAAUUGGGCCCCAGGUUUGUGAAUUGUGUUGAAAUAAACUUAUUUCAACAAUUGUCAA